AUGGCAAUGUUUAUGCAGACAGCUCACAGUGCACGCAUCACUGUUGGUGAUGAAAGUUUGUAUCUUUGGGGUUUCAAAGUUAAUCGGGUCAAAAUGGUGCUAACGUGGUUGUUUACGGUCUUUUCGUUUGGUAUUUUUCGUUUGUUGCUGUAUUGGUAUCCGAAGCUACGGGUAAAGUGCACCUCGUCGAAAUGCUCGCUAAACAUUGCAGACGGCGUCUUAAUUCAGGAUGAACACAUGAAUUUGGCCUUUCGCCCGGUGCGCUGCAUGAUUGCCGGUGCUGGCCUUCAGCCAGCACUUCCAAUUCCUGGAUUUCGAAUGACUGAUGUGAGUAGCCUACGAUAUUUUACUUACAAGAAGCUCAUGCAUCUUUGGUAUCCAGACGAGGAGCGAUUCGUUCCAAUUGAUUCGCUCGAAACAGAUAUCAGUUUCCUUCGCUUCCACGAUAUGGCUGCGAAUGGGUUAUCGAAAGAUGAAGUGAGGAAACGCUUGACGGUUUAUGGAAAAAAUUUGAUUGAAGUCAAGCUCAAGCCCAUCUUCGUUCUCUUGUUCCUGGAAUUUAUAUCACCAUUUUAUAUAUUUCAGCUAUUCAGUGUUUCUGUAUGGUUUACGGAUGAAUACGAAAUCUAUGCCUCAGUGAUUGUUGCGAUGACAGUGCUGUCGAUAACGCUGGAUGUUUAUCAGACGAGGAAGCAGGAGAAGAAAUUGCGCAGUAUGGUUCAUUCCUCAGCAAUUGUACAAGUGCUGAGGGAGGGCAGUCCGCCGGCAAAUAUCUGCAGCGAAGAA